AUGCCCUCUUGGCCCAAUCACUCGGAGUGCCUCUCCCAUAACUGCAGCUGGGGGGAGAUCCACAACGCCACAAGGAACGCUGACCCUAUCCUGCCUCCUCUCAACUACUACUCAAUCCCUCUCCUCACGGCCAUCACCAUCGCCUGCACGCUGCUUUUUCUGGUCGGGGUGGCCGGGAAUGUCAUGACCAUUUUGGUGGUCAGUAAGUACCGGGACAUGCGCACCACCACCAACCUAUACCUGUGUAGCAUGGCUGUAUCCGACCUGCUCAUCUUCGUCUGUAUGCCCCUGGACCUCUACCGCAUGUGGAGGUACAGGCCCUGGCGCUUUGGAGACGUGCUCUGCAAGCUUUUUCAGUUCGUGUCAGAGUCGUGCACCUACUCCACCAUCCUGAGCAUCACCGCGCUGUCAGUGGAGCGCUACCUGGCCAUCUGCUUCCCGCUACGUGCCAAGGCGCUGGUUACAAAAAGGCGGGUGCGCGCCCUCAUUCUUCUACUCUGGACGGUGUCUCUCCUGAGCGCCGGACCUGUGUUUGUCAUGGUGGGAGUGGAGCGGGAUAGCAUGGUGCCACCAAAUUUCAGUUCAGGAAUGAAUGAGACGGACUUUUUCCUGGAGGGCGGGGACACCCGGGAGUGUAAGAUGACUCACUACGCCGUGGUGUCAGGUCUGAUGGGGGCCAUGGUGUGGUUGAGCUCUGUUUUCUUCAUCAUGCCAGUGUUCUGUCUCACAGUGCUCUACACCCUCAUAGGCCGUCGGCUGUGGCAGAGACACCGCGAAACAAACAUCAGCUCUCGAGUGGCUCACAGGGACAAAAGCAACAUACAGACCAUCAAGAUGCUGGUGGUGGUGGUGCUGGCCUUUGUCCUCUGCUGGUUGCCGUUCCAUGUAGGUCGCUAUCUGCAGUUCCGCUCGCUGGACGCUCCGUCCCCUCUGCUGUCGGCGUUGUCCGAGUACUGCAGCCUGGUGUCGGUGGUUCUCUUCUAUCUGAGUGCCGCCAUCAACCCCAUCCUCUAUAACACGAUGUCCUGGAAAUACCGGUGCGCGGCGGCGCGCCUCUUCGGCCUGGCAGACAGCCACCCGCCACGAGGCCGCACAGCCAGCACGAUGAAGGCGGACGGCUCGAACGGCUGGACGGAGUCUACAGUCAGCUUCUGAACGCAAUCUGCGUCUGUCAAAGUGUCUGAAUAUAAUUUGUGAAUAUAAUUAUCACAGGUUGAGAACACUGACCUAAAAGCCGUUAUUUCUGUCAGGCCGAGGAAAAACUGCUCCGUCCACGUGUGCUGAGCUCCUCUCUGUAUUUGACUGAGACUAAAAGAACCAGAGGAUGGGAAAAGUCACACAAGUGAUAGUUCCCUUUGGCGAACUGCAUCAAUAGAACUUCGAUAUAUAUAUAUUUUUUUCAAACAGUUCAUUCAUUUGUUGGAUUAAGCAAGUGGCAUCCAUUCAUACAACUCACCCGGCAGCAUUUGAAAAGCAUGUCUGGAGAAGUGAAAAAUACACACCAGCCUGAAGUGCUUCUAUCAAUCCAAAUGUGAACGACAUACAGCAGAGGCAAGCACGCCCUUAUACAGACACCUAUAUAGAUAACAUCUACAUUUAAAAUUGCCUUAUAUUGUAUUCAUAUUUCUGGAUGACAAAGAAAAG